AUGUGGAAGCUGUUGACUUGUCUGUGCCCUCUUCUGAUCGCCACAAUCGCCAGACCAGACAGGAACAGCCUGCACCCUUGUCCCGGUGCCCCCGACAAGGGCCCCUGCAACAGGAACAUCUACAAAUGGUCGUUCGACCACGAUCGACAGGAAUGCGUCAUGUUCAUUUGGGGAGGGUGUGGGGGCAACGACAAAAAUCGGUUCGACAAUGAACAUCAGUGUUGGAACAGAUGCGUAGCACUCGAAAGGGGGAUAUCAUUAUCUAACAAUGACUCAAUUAUACCAAAUGAAGAGAGAGGCCCACAUCUAACUUUUCAAGAAACUGGUAACGAGACCACCUUCAUGUUUGCUCAGUCCAAUACUUUCAUUCAGAUCGACGGUGAUAUCAUACAAACAUUUCAAUUAAGGUUAUGCCGCCAAAUCUCUUUCCAAUUCCGUACUCGUCUACCACAUGGUCUUCUCGUAUACCACAACGUCAAAGUUCCAGCAGGAGUAUCUCUGCAACCGUACGCUCUCUAUAUCAUAGUCCAACAAGGUCAGCUCAAGGUGGUGCAUGUGUACGGAAAACACUCGUCAGCAUUAACUGUAGGCAGAGGGCUCAACAGGGACGAAUGGCAUUCAGUAACGGUUCGUAUAGAUGUUCAUAGCGCAAGACUCAUGGCCAUCGUUGAUGAUCUGAGAGAAGAAAUAACCCUAAAAGGCCUGGACAAAGAGAGUAACUACGGUGUAGCUGCUAAUGUUACUUCCGUCAUUCUCGUCGGAGGUCUGAGCUCUGAGGAACGCCUGCACGGAGUGAAAUACAUCAUAGAAUCCUUCGUCGGCUGCAUCAAAAACAUCAUUCUAGGCACAGGAAAAUCAGCUUCAGAUCUCUUACCCAUCAGCCCUCUGAUAGCUACCAAGCAUGAAAACGUCCAGGAAGGAUGUAUCGACAAAUGUAUAACAGUUGAGAAUCUCUGCUUCCAAGGCUCUAGAUGUAUCAACCACUACAACUCACUAUCCUGUGACUGUUUCGGCACCAAAUAUGAGGGAGAAUACUGCGAUAUCUACACUGCGACAAUCCUCACGCUGAGGGGUUCUUCUUAUGUCUCGUACAGGGUGUACGACUGGAAAGACCGAGUGCACUCGUCAGUAACGCGCUUUUCCAUGGUCUUCAAAACCAGAUUUGACGAUUCCGCUUUGCUUUAUGCUGCUGGUGGCGAGCAAGGCAUAGACCACUACAUAGCAGCAUCCAUCUACAACAACUCGGUUUUUGUCGAAGUAAAUUUUGGGGAAGAUCCCAUAGUAACGGUACUUGGACAGAACGCGGGCUUCAAGCUUUAUCAGUGGAACAACCUAACUAUUUUCCAUGAAUACGACAAGCUACACUUGAUCUUGAACGAAGAAAGGGUGACUUUGAAUAUAACCGGGAAUCUUCUGCUGUAUAUCGAUCCAGAGAUAUAUAUAGGCGGAGGACCUGAAGAAGAGUUGCAGAAGAAGAUUGGACUGAAGUCGACCAACAACUUCGUGGGUUCCUUGAAGUACGUCUUCUACAACGACAUUUCCAUAAUCUACGAGCUGAAUAAGAACAAUCCCAAAGUGCACUAUAUCGGGAUUCUGAGACCGGAGUUUUACGAAGCUGACGUCGAAGACAUUCCCAUAACGUUCCCAUUCUCGUCUUCUCACAUAUGGUGGCACAACAACCAUACGGACAGUCUCGCUCUCUCCUUCAGCUUCAAAGCUAGCAGUAACCUUAGCGUGGUGGCUUCCAGCGAUUCUCAAACGGGCAUUUACUGGGAGGUGCGCGUGGUGAAUGACGAAGUGAGGUUCGAGCUGUCGGACAACGCCAAGAACGUUACUCAUCUCAUCAGCGUGAAGAAAACGCCCGGUAUCUGGCACAGCCUGAAUCUGACGUACGCCCACGGAGAAGUAAACCUCACCGUCGACAACCGGCACAAGCAAGAGAAGAUCGACGACAUGAACUUCGCGAUCGGGGAUAAAAUCAAGGUGGCUGCCGGUUCGCGGUCCAACUCGGGCAUGAUCGGCUGCAUGAUGGACAUCAUAGUGAACGACGCGCAGCUGGAGCCGAGGUCGGUGCUGCAGAGCGAGAGGGUGGUGGGGGAAGUGACCUUGGACGACUGCCGGUUCGUGGACGCUUGCAAGCGGCCUAAUACGUGCGAACAUGGCGGGAAGUGUUCGGUUAAAGAGGACCGGUUGAUUUGCGACUGCACCAACACCGGGUACAUGGGAACUAACUGCCAUUUCGCGCAGUACAGGAAGACUUGCGAGGAGUUGGCGCUUUUAGGCUACACGAAACCGGACGUAUAUCUCAUCGACAUCGAUGGCAACGGCAAAUUUCCCCCGGCACACGUCAGAUGCGAGUUCCAGAGCCCCGAGGACUCCACCAAGACCAUCGUCGAACAUAACCUGCCCAGUCAGAUCGACGUCCGAUCGCCGUCAGAGGAGGACUUCAGCUUCAGCAUCAAGUACCGUGAGUUCGAUGCUGAAAUGCUCCAAGAGCUGGUGCGGCACUCGCUGAACUGCAGCCAGUACGUGCGGUACGACUGUCAGAGGGCGCCGCUGGAGCUGCACUCGGCCACGUGGUUCGUCAGCUCAGCCAAUCAAACUGUGGAUUUCAUCGGGGACGUGAAGAGGGGUACAUGCCCGUGUUCCAUAGGCAAGAAGUGCGAGAACAAGUCGCAGUGGUGCAACUGCGACGAUAUGGACGACGACAAGUGGUACACGGACGACGGGUACUACACCAGCGCCGGCAGCCUGGGCAUCACCGAAAUGGUGUUCCUGCAGCAGGCCGAUAUGCCGGAGGACGCGCUCGGGAGGAUCACUUUGGGGCCCUUGGAGUGCGUGGAAACCAAUACGCAGAGGUAUGUUGUUACUUUCACCACAAGUCAAUCGUAUAUUGAAGUACCAGGUUGGAGGAAAGGAGAUCUAGCCUUUUCCUUCAGGACAACAGGCAAAAAGGCAAUUCUUCUGUACCAACCACCUAUCAGACCUAACUAUCCCAGUUUCAUGGUUGCAUUAACCAGUGAUUUCCAAUUGACCUUCAAUUUCACCCUGAACACUGGUGUGUCCAAGGAAUUGGUGAUAAUAUCGGGUAGGAAAUUGAAUGGUGGGGAGUGGCACAAAGUUUGGAUAGACUACAACAAGUACCAUGUGAGAUUCAUGAUAAACGAAGAUUUCCAGAUGGUGAAUUUGAAGCCCGAAGAGGAAUUCGGGCCCUUUGAGGGUUCCAUGUUUAUUGGGGGAGCAAUCAGUGACCUUCUCGACCCCAAAUCGUCAGUCCACCAAGGCCUGAUCGGCUGUUUCCGAGGCCUGGUGGUGAACGAAGAGGUCUUGGACAUCUACAGCUACAUGAGCGUCCAUCUCAGCGAGAUCAUCAAGGAGUGCAAGCCGUCGUGCGACCCGAAUCCCUGCCAAAAUGGCGCCCAAUGCAAGGAGUUGUGGAGCAACUUCCAGUGCAUCUGCCCGAAUCCGUGGGCGUACAGUGGAGAAUAUUGUGAGACAAAUGUGAACACCAACGCAAUAACAUUCACUCAGCCCGAAUCCUACUUGAGAAGAAACUAUCUGACCAACGACACGAGUGACGAGAAAACGAUACUAUCGAGAAUAUUCCGUGAAAGGAUUCUGGUGAACCUGCGCACAUAUGAAGAACACGCGCUCAUUUUCUAUGCAAAUGACAAUUUGAACAACUUCGUUCAUUUGUACAUCGAAAACGGUACCCAGGUGAUUUUCCUGUUCAACUACGAUAACGAGAUACACAACAUUACUGUGGAUUACCCACAAUUGAACAGCAGCGAAUCAGUACAGAUAGCGAUAGAAAGAAGCGAGAAUACGACAAUGAUGCACGUUAACGACCGAAAUUCGACUAUACCUCUGGGAGUUAAACUCCUCCAAGAAUACUCCAACAAACCAUGGGUCAACCCUGCGAUGGAGGUACUAGCUCCACAAAGACCACCAGCUCCACCUACGGAAUAUUUCCAGUUGAAUUUGGGUGGAUUCGAUCCGGAAACUUUGCUGAAGGUAUCCGGGAACCGGCCAGUUCUUCCUGGAUAUGUGGGAUGCCUCAGGGGCCUUCAAAUCGGUGACAAUCCGAUCGAUUUGCCUUCCAGGGUCAACGAUACAGAUUCUGGAGUGAUCGCCAACUGCAACAUGAAAUGCGACGAGGUGCCCUGCCAGCACGAGGGCACGUGCAUCGAGGACUUCCGCAACCAGCGGCACACGUGCAAUUGCGAGCACACCAGCUACUAUGGCGAGUUCUGCUCGGAGGAAAAGGGGGCCGAGUUCAACGGCGAAUCCAUCUUGUGGCGGGAGUACGUGCUGAAUGGGUCCGUGGACCAUGUCAAGUUCCAGCUGGCUUUCUCGAGUGUCGACGUUAGUCAGAAGAAUACGAUUUUGUUGCUGCUGCAGACUGAAAACAGUCGCAGCUACUAUCUGUUGGUCGGCCUCAGCCUCGAGGGUCACCUCACCGUCCAAGAGGACAGAGAGGGCGCCGUUUUCUCCGCCACCGUCAACAAAAAGAACUUCCUGAACGGCGCCAGGCACUCGGUGCACUAUCAACGCCAUCUUGACCACUCCGAGCUGUUCGUGGACAGGGAGGUGACCUUGAUGGAUCGGAUACCGGCGCAAACGUUCACAAACGUGCCGGAGGUGGGGGCCAAUGAGGUGCAUAUCGGUGGACACGACACUAACGAUCCGCGGUUUGCUACUUACAAGAGAUACAGCGGCUGUUUGUCCAAUAUAUUCAUCGAGGUCAACGAGCAUGUGAUGAAACCACUCGAAGAAUACAUGCUGUUCACGAAAACUGGCACCGAAAAAGUGAACGUCUCGAACCAACAUGGGGUCAGGAGUGCUCAGUGCAGCUCUGAUUUCGACAAGAUUCACGAAAAGGCACCAGUCACCACAAAUCUGAAUAUCAGUCAAGGAACUGACAAAACUUGGGUUCAAGACGCCCCUCAACGAGUUUUGUACUCUUCCAUCUAUUCCGACACUGCAGAGGAAGAAGACGAAACCGAAAAGUUGGUCAUCAUCGUGCUCGCAUCAUUUUUCGUGCUGGUUCUAGUUUGCUGCACCUAUCACCUGUUCAUCACCAACAAAAAGUAUAAGGAGAGGAAAGAAUUCGAAACGGAUGCCAGCAUUCUCUUAUCAAAACAGCAAGCAGCACUACUUCAAGAAACCAACAAAGUAUCCCCUGAGGAUACCAAACCUAUAAACCAAAAUGGAAAAAUACCCAUAGAAAAAACGAACGGUAACAGUAUCAACGGCAAAAAUGGCAAAGCAAGGGACAGCUCAAAAACUGAAGGGACUACAACUGAAGAACUCAUUCCCGUACCGGAAGAAGUCAAGUCUCUGAAAAGAGCAGACAGUUCGAGGGACAAGCAAAAACGUAUUAUAAGUUUUCGAGAAAGAGACCAUCCCUGGGAAACUCCAUUAGAAGGGUCUGAUCUUUUGAGACCCAUGCCAGAAGUAACUGAAGCAGAAGAGGAGGAGGAAGAAGACGAUUCAGAUGAUUCGCAGCGAAAAAUUCUGUCACCUCCUAACGGUACCCUACCAAAUCGAAUCCUACAGGAUGAACUCAUAGACUUGUCUAUUGAUUUCAAAGAGAAGGUUAAAGCUUUGGAAGGUUUUGACCUUCCAAGUCCCAUAGUUGAAAUGAACGAGGAAGAAGAGGAGAACGCUGAUUCAGAAGAAUCGAUGCAAAACACCGGCAAAGUUGAUGGUGUUUCAGCGAUACCGAACAAUCAACCCGACGUGAAUAUUGAAAGUUCUGUUAAAGCUGCGAAUAGAAUUGGUGGCAACAUUGCAUCGAACCUGAAACCGUCAGUGUUUUUGAAUGAACAUCAAAGGACGUUUGCCAAUCCCGUUAGUUAUUUGGGUGGGCCGCAUUUGAGGGCACGGAAUAGGUGGUCUGUUGAAAGUGUUGUUUCUUUGGAUUAA